GGUGGCUGAGAAACAAUGUCAAACAUCUCACUAACUUCAUUUCCAACUGGAUACAGAGAAUCGUUCCAAGAGCAGAGGCGUAUACGGUGUAUUGUUAUUGUUCUGAGUGUCCCGGCAUCAGUCAGAGGUAUAAGUCAGUCGUUCAACAUGGAGAGGUUCCUGUGCUUAGCGCUGUGCGUGAUCGCAGCCGCUGCUAGUGCGUCAUUACCCAUAAUGCCAUGGACUGAAGAGGACAUCUCCGCCGUGUCUGUCAUCAGCGCUGAUUACUACAACAAACUAUCCGGGGAAGACGUCAUCUAUAAGCUCCUGGGGAAUAACUCGGAGUACAUAGAGGAUGAAGCCUCUAGUUCCCGGCAACUUCGAUUCAUGAUAAAAGAAACGUUAUGUGAAAAGUCUAACGGUAAAAUCAUGGAGGACUGCGCAUUCAAAGACAAUGGAGUGGUUAAAUCCUGCAGAUCCUCUGUGUUUGCUGAGAAGGAUCGGGAUAUCAUUGUAGUGACAUGUGACAGAAUCUAUCUACGUCCUGCAGGAGUGAGGAGAUCAAAAAGUAGACGAAGUGACCUCAUUCGACUGAGCAGAAUACGUAGAGGGAAUCGCGGUGGCAACGGCAAACGUCCUAAUCGUGGUGAAAAGCCUUAUAGACCUGGAUUUGGCUCUUCAAUUGCAACUGUCAAGAACAGUAACACAGGAACGUCUUGGGCUUAGAGAACUAUCUGUAGAACUAUUAUAUUCCUGUCAGUGACUGUCACGUUUUCUCUAUGCAUACUUUCUACAACGUCAUUUUCCACCAAUCUGUUCUUAUUACAUGUUAUUCACAAGAGACGCCAAUAUCCUGCAGAGACUGACUGAAUACAUUUACAAUAUAUAUGAUGUUUCACAAAUACAACCUGUAAAAACAAAAUAUUCACUUCUGAAUAUAGAAAUGAUAUUGAACUCAUAAAAAUCUGUACUACAUAUAAUAAAAAUAUUACCCAAUAAA